UUUGUGGGAAUGGAAACUUGUAAAUAUGGUUUGUGUGCGUGUAUACCAGAAUUUAAGUAACUAAAGAUAAAGUGGUUUACACACCAAAAGAAAUCCCAUCAGUUGUCUGACAAUCUAAAGGUGAAGGAAAAUAUAGGUCAAAUACUCUUGUAGAUAACCAGCUUUAACCAGGUCAGCAGUGUACUCCUGACUUUUUUCCGAACUAAGCCAUUUGGCAUUAUGUCAUUAAAAUAUAUACCUAAAUCAGGGACUGGGGGUCGGGGUGGGGGCGGUAGACAGGCUUUUGCUAAGUAACAUAAUGCAUGGUGACGUGGGCAACGGCCUUACCCAUUUUGUUUUUUGAACCAUAGAAUCUCUCCAGACUAAAGUGACAAAGCAGCUCAAUAAAGUUUUGUGGAAGGCAGAAAAAUAUCAGGCUUAACAAACUGUAUAUUUUGGUUGUGCUUGACUUCAAAAAACGAGGUUAGGAAGGGGAGAACCUACCUAUGAUCACCUCUCUUCAGAUUCUCAAAAGUAGGAGCAGCGAUUUAUCCAUCCUCACAGUUGCACAACUAAGAGUAGCAUAGAAAGCUUUCAAAAGCAGUGUGGGGGCCACGCAUCCUGGUGAUAUAACACUGGAUUCCAUCUUUAGAGGCUUCGAAGAGCCAAAGCUUCGUCUCAAUACCGCCAUGACAAAAUCUAGUGGAACAAUCUAUGAUUUCUUGCUGACUCUUGUGGUCUGGUGCACAAGGAAAGCAUGCAUGGAGAAGGUGAAGUCCUGCAUUUUUUGGAGGCGCUGGAGUGCAGUGCAGGGGAAGGAGAGAGAAGGGCCAAUUGCCUCCAUUUUUCUUUACAUUGGCCCAUGUCGAAGACUAAAGGGAUUUGAACUAGAGGUCGCAGAGAGCGGUACCCGCAACCAACCGAGGAAGCCGGGGCGACCAGUUGCCACGACAUACCACCACCGCUGGGGGCGUGGGUGGCGUUACUCCAAGAGACGACCCCUGGAAGAGCAAGAGGCCGCCGCUAGGGGGCGCCGCUGCUUCCCCGCUAGGCGCCCACCCGCGGGGCGCGCACGCGAGGCUUUCCACCGCGCCUGCGCCGAGGAUGGACGCAGGCUCUCUUUUCCCCGACGCCAGCCGUCCCGACCCGGAUGAAACACUGCGUGACAGGCAGCGAGCGUGGCGGCCAUCUUCGUCUUCUGGGCACGUCAGCUGAGCCGGUUAGGGCCGAAGAGGAGCGUUGCGCAAGCGCGCCCAAGACGGCCACAGGUAACUCCCAUCUGACGGGCGAGGCGUCGCCGUCCUCGCCGGAAGUUUGGCGUUUCUGCGCCGCGGGAGAGGGGGCGGUCGCGGCAGAAGCAGCUGAGUGUCUCCUGAUACCCGGAUGUGAGGCGUUCUGCUGGCCCGCGUUGGAUCCUCCGCCAGGAGUGAGGAAGGUACGCGAGAGUCCCGAGCGCCCCCGCCGCCUGCCGUCGCGCCGCCUGCGUCCUCGCCUCCCUUUGGCAGCCUCUCCGAUUAGUUCCCAAACACACAGGACGUUAUUAGAAGCAUCGUUCAUUGGGAGCAUCAUCAAUCAACUUAAAGAAAAAAGUGAUAUGUGCUUUCCAUUUUAGUAAGGUGCUGUGUAAUGUGUUAAGAGGAUAUUAUAAGGAAUGGUUUUGUCAAAUUUUCAUGAGUUAUGGUGGCUGAAAGAUCAAUUCUCUCACGUGGGAAAAGAAUUAAAUGGCAGCACAAAAGGAAAUCUAUAUUAAUAGAGUAUUUUAUUAAACGAAAGAGGUUAGAUAAGAACUUUAAACCAACAGGCUCAGCAAACAAAGGAAAAAACAUUUUAGCUGUAAGACAUGUUUCAAGUGAAUCAAAGUUCAGUAACUGUAGACUUCAGAAGAAAAAAGUUUUCAAAAACUUUGUCAAAACAGAUAGGUCAGUGAUAACUCCUUUAAUAAUAGGGCUACGUCCGAAAACCAAUAUUAAUUGAAAAAUUAACAAAACAGAUUGAAUCUGUAUUAAAUUUUUUUAAUGAAAAGUUCUAAAAACAUCGAAUUGGAGUUAAAUUUUCCUUAAAUUUGUAUUACCUUGUCCAAAGUAAAACAAAUAUCUUUCAGCCUUCGUACCAGCUUUUCUCAUGUCCUAGGGAUGACAGAAACCUUACUUGAAGCAAACUAGUAUUUUUGUUGAAAAUGUAUAUCAGCAUCAAUGAAAGUUGAUUUUUAAGAUCUGCUCUUCAGUAAUAAUACUAGACAUUCAGCAUUUGUACCCGCCAGGACACAAAAAGCCUCUCAAAAAACUACUCGGAAAAAGAGGACCCUACUCAGGAAUGAUGUCCAUUCAGGAGAAAUCAAAAGAAAAUUCCUCCACUGUUAUUAAAAAAAGUGAAGAUAAGAAUUUAGGAAUACAAAUUCAAGGUUCUCAAAGGAAUCUAGCAAAAAAAUCGGUUCCAAAGGAAGCUAUAAAAUCAGUGGUUAAAUCUUCUAGUGGAAAUAAAAUAAAUGAGCCUGAAUUAGGAACAUGCAUGAGUACAAGGUCAGCAAAGGCAGCGUCCUGUGAUAAAAAAGGUGGUAAAUCCAUUAAUAAAAAUAUGGUGACUGCCAAGGGACAUUCACAACAAGAAUCUACAAAACAGAAAAAAUUGUCUCAGAAAAAGUCAGUGCAUGAACCCCCUAAAGCAAAUGAACAGCUUAACCGGAGAUCACAAAGACUACAACAGUUAACAGAGGUUUCAACAAUGUCUCUGCGUAGUAGAGAAAUUCAGGGUCAAGUUCAAGUGGUUAAACAGAGUUUGCCACCAAUAAGAAAAGAGCAUUGUAGCAAUACUCAAAGUAAAUCUAAUAAAGUUAAAACAAGUCAAAAACAUGUGAAAAGAAAAAUACUGGAAAUGAAGUCUGACUCUAAAGAGGAUGAAAAUCCAUUAAUUAAUGAGGUAAUAAAUUCCCCAAAAGGAAAAAAACGCAAGAUAGAGCCUCAGACAGUUUAUGCUUGUAGUUCUGAGUGCAUAAAAGGAUCUGGAAAGUGUCUUCAGAAGAAUAUUAGAAAAGAGGGGAAAAAAUCUCUGACUGUAACUUCUUCUGAGAUAAAAAGAUCAAAAUUGUCUCCUUCAGUGGUCUCCAAAAGGAAUGAGAAGUCAAUUCACACACAAGUGAAUAGUAGUGCAAAAUCCCAAAAAAGUCCACAGCCAUUAGUGCCUGAACAAAGUGUCGAUAAUGAGCUGGAGCAAGCAGGAAAGAGCAAACGAGGUAGCAUUCUUCAGCUCUGUGAAGAAAUUGCUGGUGAAAUUGAGUCAGAUACUGUAGAGGUAAAAAAGGAAUCCUCACAAAUGGAAAGUGUAAAGGAGGAGAAGCCGGCAGAAAUAAAAUUGGAAGAGACUGAUAUUGCGAGACAAAUACUUCAUCAGAAGGAAACAAAUCAGGACGUUCAAUGUAAUCGUUUCUUCCCCAGUAGAAAAACAAAGCCUGUGAAAUGUAUACUAAAUGGAAUGAACAGCUCAACUAAAAAGAACUCCAACUGGACUAAAAUUAAACUCUCAAAAUUUAACUCUGUGCAGCAAAAUAAGUUGGACUCUCAAGUUUCCCCUAAAUUGGGCUCAUUACGAACCAGUUUUUCACUACCAGCAUUAGAAAUGCAUCAUCCUGUGACUCACAGUACAUUUAUAGGGACAAAACCACAUGAUGAUAAAAAUACAGCUUGCCAGCAGGAAGAAAUGAGAGAAAUUAAUUCUAGAGAAGUUAAAAUUAAUGAUACUACAAUUCAAAGUAAUAAAACCACAAAAAGGGCUCCUGAAAAUUGUCAUUUGGAUAAUCAGAUAAAACCAUGUCCCAACCCACCAUUGGAUAACCAGAGGAAAGAUUCUUUUCAGUCAACACCAGAUAAGAAUUACAGCCUGUGUUUGGAAUCCAAGCUUGAAAACAAUCCAGUGGAAAAUACCACUACUGUAUCAGCUCUGCUUAGUCAAGGAAAAAUUGAUUCUGGGGAGAGUAAAUUUUCAGGUCCAGCUCCCCAACAGCAUAGUAUACUCAAUAACCAAACAUUAAAGACCAGUGAUAACAGGGAGACACCACCAAAUCACUCUUGGCCUAAGUGUAAUUCCCGUUUGGAGAUAACAAUUCCAAAGGACUUGAAACUAAAAGAAGCAGAGAAAGCUGAUGAAAAACAGUUGAUCAUAGAUGCAGGACAGAAAAGAUUUGGAGCAGUUUCCUGUAACGUUUGUGGCAUGCUUUACACAGCUUCAAAUCCAGAAGAUGAAACACAGCAUCUCCUCUUCCACAACCAGUUUAUAAGCGCUGUAAAAUAUGUGGGCUGGAAAAAAGAAAGAAUUCUGGCUGAAUAUCCUGAUGGCAGAAUAAUAAUGGUUCUUCCUGAAGACCCAAAGUAUGCCCUGAAAAAGGUUGACGAGAUUAGAGAGAUGGUUGAUAAUGAUUUAGGUUUCCAACAGGCUCCACUAAUGUGCUAUUCCAGAACUAAAACACUUCUCUUUAUUUCUAAUGACAAAAAAGUAGUUGGCUGCCUAAUUGCGGAACAUAUCCAAUGGGGCUACAGAGUUAUAGAAGAGAAACUUCCAGCUAUCAGGUCAGAAGAAGAAAAAGUCAGAUUUGAAAGGCAAAAAGCCUGGUGCUGCUCAACAUUGCCAGAGCCUGCAAUCUGUGGGAUCAGUCGAAUAUGGGUUUUCAGCAUGAUGCGUCGGAAGAAAAUUGCUUCUCGCAUGAUUGAAUGCCUAAGGAGUAACUUUAUAUAUGGCUCAUAUUUGAGUAAAGAAGAAAUUGCUUUCUCAGAUCCCACUCCUGAUGGAAAACUGUUUGCGACACAGUACUGUGGCACUGGUCAGUUUCUGGUAUAUAAUUUUAUUAAUGGACAAAAUAGCACCUAAAACAGAUUCUUGCCUACAGUACUAGAAGACAUCUGCUGAAGAGAAUGGAUUGGUUGCUGACUUUAACCAGGAACUAGGGCCAUUUUUAUUACAAUGAACUCAGGACUGGCAACAACCGUAAGGUUGUUCCAUUUUCGUAAAAUUGGAAACAAUGCAGUAAUAGCUUAUUAUUGUUUUGUUUUUUAAAGAAGAUAUUUUAUUAUCUUUUACAGAAAUUUAUGAUUGAUGUAUUUUAUCUAUAGUUAUUUAGACAUGUUUACAUGCAGCAGAUAAUUGUUCAUAGUGGACUGAAAACUAAUGCAAGGACUAUGGUCUCAGUGAUAAGUAUAUUUUGAAGUUCUUAAUGUGGAAAUAUACCAGUGUAGCUUGGUACUGUAUUUUUUUAUAUUGAUCUGCUGAUACCAGUUGUAAUUUUAAAGAUUGUAUUUUCACAGAGCAGAAACCAAUGUUUUUGAGCUGUUAUUCAAGGAGGGUGCAAUAUUACAUGUUUAGGAAUUCAAAGCUAAUUCUUAAAGGGCCUGAAAUACAUUGAAGGAACCCCCACAAAAAAGCAAAGCUCCAAAUAAGCAGGAAGAAUUUGGAAUAUUGAGGUUUUUCUUCCAUUUCUCUCUUUGUCGUUCUUCAUGUGAGGAAGAGGGUAAAGAAUUGAGGCUUUCCUUCUUGGAGAGCUGUAAAUGACUAGACCUAGUAAGGUCCCCUCUAAAGUUUAUUCUUCUUUCAUUCGGCUUUCACUUUUUAAAAUAAAUGGCAACUUGGCACACUUAAGCUAUUAACAAAUCCCAAAGAGGUUUAUAAAAACCUGUGGAAUAGUUGCAAGCUAAAUAUGGAUGACUUGGUAUCUGCUUUGUUACUCCUCAGAAAUACUACACUGAGUAUAUGCCCUCAUUACUGGACUUCAUUUUGAUACUUGUCUAUCCUUCAUAGUGCCCUCUACUUUUAAAGGGUUUAUAUGUUGAAAAACUGCUGUGGCCUUUUAUGACCUGUAUAUAAUGUAGAAUAAAAUAAUAAAAUACUUGAUAGCUUUUUCUAAGUGAUAAA